AAUCCUCCUCAGAAUCACCUCGGCUUCAUCAUCACCAACCAUCGCGCCAUCUAACCUUCAGAACAACUCACGAUGAAGCUCUCCAUUCUCCCCCUCGUGGCUGGCCUUGCCACGGCCUCUCCGGUUCUCGUUGAUCCCCUCGCCGACACCCCGUCUGGCCAUGAGGUUUCCAUCGUUGGCCUCGCUUUUGCCGGCUCCGGUUGCCCUGCUGGUACUGUCUCGGGCCAGCUCUCUUCUGACCUGACCACCAUCACGCUGCUGUACGCCAACUUUGUUGCGCAAGCCGGGCAGGGCAUCAGCGCGUCCAACUACCGCAAGAACUGCCAGCUCAACGUCAAGAUCAAGUACCCCCAGGGCUAUCAGUUCUCCGUCUUCAAGGCCGACUACCGCGGGUACGCUCAGAUCCCCGCCGGAGACACGGGCACCUGCAAGGCCACCUACUACUUCUCGGGCGACUCCAAGCAGAUCACCUCAACCCUCACGCUCAAGGGCCCCUACGACGACAACUACCUCAAGACGGACACUUUUGGCGUCGAGUCGACCGUCUGGUCCCCCUGCGGGCUGGAGGGGCUCCUCAACAUCAACUCCGAGGUGCGGCUGUCGCCCAUGGACGCGGUCAAGCCCGCCCUCCUUACGGUCGACUCGACGGAUCUCAAGUUUGUGCAGAAGCAUUACUUGCAGUGGCAAAAGUGCGAGGAGUAA